AGAUGCCCGCCGGCAAGUCAAAGGCGCCUGUCCAUCCCGGCUCGGUGCUCGGAGCUCGGUGCUGCCGCCAUCUUCCUGGAGGAGAGGGCAGAGGCAAAGAGCCCCCUCCCCUUCACCGCUCCGCACUCACGCUGCCACCUGCCCGCCCCCGGUCGUCUCUCACUCUCAGUGGACACCUCAUUCCUACCUAAGAAAUAUCCUUGCCCUGACUCUAAGUUUCCCCCCAAGCGAAGAAUCUCAUUACCUGCUCCUCUCUUAUUAGCGCGAGGAAACCAAGCUCAUAAGACAGAAAAAUCGAGAAAGAUGUCUAAGCAACAACCAACUCAGUUUAUAAAUCCAGAAACUCCUGGCUAUGUUGGAUUUGCGAAUCUUCCCAAUCAAGUUCACCGAAAAUCAGUGAAAAAGGGGUUCGAGUUCACACUGAUGGUGGUUGGUGAAUCUGGUCUAGGAAAAUCAACUCUCAUAAACAGCUUAUUCCUGACUGAUCUCUAUCCAGAAAGAAUUAUACCUGGAGCUGCAGAGAAAAUUGAAAGAACUGUCCAAAUUGAGGCUUCAACUGUUGAAAUUGAAGAGCGGGGUGUCAAACUUCGGCUUACAGUAGUGGACACACCUGGCUAUGGGGAUGCCAUCAACUGCAGGGAUUGUUUUAAGACAAUUAUCUCCUACAUUGAUGAGCAAUUUGAACGCUACCUACAUGAUGAGAGUGGACUGAACAGGCGGCACAUCAUUGAUAACAGGGUACAUUGUUGCUUCUACUUCAUCUCACCUUUUGGACAUGGAUUGAAGCCUUUAGAUGUUGCAUUUAUGAAAGCGAUACACAAUAAGGUGAAUAUUGUGCCUGUCAUUGCAAAAGCUGACACACUCACUCUGAAGGAGCGUGAGCGGCUAAAGAAAAGGAUUUUGGAUGAAAUCGAGGAGCAUAACAUCAAAAUCUAUCACUUACCGGAUGCAGAGUCAGAUGAAGAUGAAGAUUUUAAGGAACAGACUAGACUCCUCAAGGCCAGUAUCCCAUUCUCUGUGGUUGGCUCCAACCAGCUGAUUGAAGCCAAAGGCAAGAAGGUCAGAGGUCGUCUCUACCCAUGGGGUGUUGUGGAGGUGGAGAACCCAGAACACAAUGACUUCCUGAAGCUGAGAACAAUGCUCAUCACCCACAUGCAGGACCUACAGGAAGUGACCCAGGACCUUCACUAUGAAAACUUCCGCUCUGAGAGGCUGAAGAGAGGCGGCAGGAAAGUGGAGAAUGAGGACAUGAAUAAAGACCAGAUCUUGCUUGAAAAGGAGGCUGAGCUUCGCCGCAUGCAGGAGAUGAUCGCAAGGAUGCAAGCACAGAUGCAGAUGCAGAUGCAGGGUGGUGACAGUGACAGCGGUACACUCGGGCACCAUGUGUGAAAUGGUGUUUUCAUAUUAAAAACACUCUUCGAUAAAAAGAAAAGUAUUCCUGAUAAGUGCUGCAGCAUCAAGUUUCUUAACACCCUUGGAAGUGUGCCCAUCAGAAUUUAAGUUCCUGUGUCUGAGGAUUUCAGUUUUUUUGUUUUUUUUUAACUUUGGAUGGUUUUGAUAUUUGGUUCUUUUCUCUUUUUUUUUUUUUUUACCCUCUGGUAUGAAGUACUUUUAACAUUUAUAUCUCAUUGCUGUUACAUUUUAUAUUUUGUGAGGUAAACCCUGUUUUCUUCUUCCUUAACCACUAAUGUUAGAAUUUAUUUCUAAGAAUCAGUCAACACGUAUACUGUUAAUAAUAGUGAAUUUCUUUGAUUUAGCUGGCCUGACUAAUCACUGACAAGUACUCUUGAUUUAUAUCGAGACAUUUUUAUUUGUUCAGAAUGUUCUUGUGUGGUGGACAUGAUGUACUUGUGACAGACAGAAGUGGUUGUGCAUACUUGGUGGCAGAAUACUUGCUUAUUAGAACGAAGUCACACUGUUAACUUUAUUUUUGUGCAGAACACCUAAAACCACUUUUGCUGCUGUAGUUAAUACGGUUAAUUCAUCUGCAUGUUUAUCUGUUAACCAGGCAGAAUAGAGGAGAGUACCUAAUGAGAUACAUGUUUAUGCUUAAAUGCCUUUUAAAAAGCAGGACUUCAGGGUCAGAUUUUAAGAGCUCUGGAUUCUAGUGCCAGAUCAUUUUCAAACCUCUGUAGAGAACUCACUACAAGGACUUUUUAUACUGUGGACACUGAUUAUGCUAUGCUGUGGAGAAAACCAAAGCAGCUAUGAGCUCCAGCUUCAUAUUGUAACAAGACUCUUUACACAGUAAGAGUCAAUAAACUUUUUACUCAACUAAAAAGGCAAUACUUUUUUAAAAAACCAAAAUGUUUAUAUUUUAUACUGCACUUUAAUGUACUUUGUAUAACUAGGUGCAAAAGAUCUACCAUGGCAGUGGGAAUAAUAGUCCUUGGCUGGCAUGCAUCUGAACCCAGGCUUGUGAUUGGGUGGUGCUCUUGCACAAAAUGCCGCUUGAAGCCCAAAUGCCUGCCAGGUUUUUCUCUAACACUUCCCUUUUUCAGUGAUUUUUCUAUUGAGAAGAAAAUAGCAGUUUUUUAUGUACAGACUGUCUUAUCUGUUUUCAGCCAUUGCCAUUUUCCUCAGUUUGUGUCAUAUAAAUGUCUUCAUGGCAUGAAUGAAAGACAUUCUGUGCCGCAAGCAGGUGAGCAGAGCCAUGCCUGGUUUAUCUCUGGCACUCAGGCCUGCCCUCUCUUGCCAUGUCUUCUCAUGUCAGGUAAUGGCCACAGAAAGGGGCAAGCGAAGGAGAUGGUGGUGUGGAGGGAGCGAAGCAGGUGCUAGUUCUGCGCUUUCAUCUUGCUGCAGAAGAAAGUGUUUGAUGAUAAGGCAGGGGCCAAAAAUAGUACUAAUAAAAGGAGACUUUAAAAUUGUUAUUACAAAUUACAGAAAAUGAUCCGUUUGCUCGUUUUGCCCCUUCACUGCUGCCUCACUGUGAAUGGUUACGGGGUUCAUUAUCUGAAGUUCCUGCCAGAAAAGUGUUGAUGGCUUGAAGCCUCUGAGAGUGCACCCAUGCAGUCCUUUGUUUGGGUUACUUUAACAUUAAUUUGAUUGGAGAAAGAUGGUUUUUCAAUAGAAAAGCAUUUCCAGGUAGUCAGUGUGAGCCCUGGUGAGCUAAGGGUGCCACUUAGGGCCAGCUGACAUUGAAGGAUGGCAAUGUGUGCUGGAAGGUCUUGCCGCCACAAUUCUAAAUCCCCCUUCAGUUUUUCCACCCAAGUCUAAACAUACACUUUUGCUAAUAAAUGUCCUCUCACAAAGAAGUAACUUGUGCCUGUAGAAAUGUAUUUUGAAAACAUUGUAUACUUCAACUUUGUAGCCAUUUAAACUAACCCUUUUUCAAUAAAGCACUAUUAUUUAGAUAUUAAAUAA